AUGGAUAAAGUCUCAGCAUUUGGCAAGAACUUCUCGGCCACAUUUACUCCCUUCGCCGCCCGCACACAGCAAUAUGUGAAGGAACAGCUUGGCCAGACCGAGGAUAAGACCCAGCUUCCUCCGGACUAUAUCGAACUCGAGAAGCGAGUUGAUGCCUUGAAACAGGUUCACCAGAAAAUGCUCCAGGUUACUUCCCAUUACACCAACGAAGGAUACGAUUACCCUGCGAACCUCAAGGAGAGCUUGGGAGAUCUUAGCCGCACAGUCAGUGAAAAGGUUCACCUUCUGUCAUCCGCAACCUCUCCCGCUGAGGCCCAAGCAGCCCUCACUGCUCCUCCCUCUGCGAAACCACAACCAAAGACCUUCAACCAUGCCAUCGCUCGGGCCAGUUUGGCCAGCAGCCAGCUCCUCCAACAACAAAAUGCCGGUACCGGUGAAGAUCCUCUCGCAGCCGCCCUAGAAAAGUACGCGCUUGCCAGCGAGCGUGUUGGUGAAGCUAGACUUGCACAAGACUCCCAGAUCCAGAGCCAUUUCCUUGCCGGCUGGAGCACAACCCUCAAUACCAACCUUAUGUUCGCGACCCGUGCCAGAAAAAGUGUUGAGAACUCGAGGCUCCUGCUUGAUGCUGCCAAGACAAAGUCCAAGAACCCUGGUUGGAAACUACCAGGCCAAGCUUCUGCACGAGCUGAGGGGCAUGAGGAAAGCGAUGCGACUGAGGAGUCCCGAGUCGAGAUUGAGCAGGCCGAAGAUGAAUUUGUCGGCCAGACUGAGGAAGCAGUUGGCGUUAUGAAGAACGUACUCGAUACCCCUGAGCCACUCCGCAACCUUGCCGAUUUGAUCGCUGCCCAGCUCGAAUACCAUAAGAAGGCAUAUGAGAUUCUCAGCGAGCUUGCUCCCGUUGUUGAUGGUCUACAAGUUGAGCAGGAAGCCAGCUACCGAAAGAGCCGUGAUGGAACAACGUAG